GUGGUGUAUGUGUGGAAGUGACAAGGAGCCCACGGUUCUCUCUUGCUGGAAGACCGCGUCCACGCGACAUCUCGCUCCCCGCGCUUACCUUACACACUCAAAACCAAGUACCAUGGACGAGUCGAGUAGUUGACGUUUCCUGCAACCUUCUCUUUUUAAGCUUUCUUCCGUCCGAUCACUUAGCACCUGUCUAUAGGAGUUUUUGACUACGCGGCGCUUUUUUUCUUCUACCAGUAAACCACCAGCGGAAACCAUGAAGUACAUCAUCGGCAUUGGCGGCGUAACAAAUGGAGGGAAAACCACCCUCACCAACCGGCUGAUUAAAAUCCUGCCCAACUGCUGCGUUGUACACCAAGAUGACUUUUUCAAGCCCCAAGAUCAGAUUCCAGUUGAAGAUGGCUUUAAGCAGUAUGAUGUCAUUACUGCGCUGGACAUGGACGCCAUGAUGAGCACCAUCUAUGCGUGGCUGGAGAACCCGGUGAAGUUUGAGAAGUCUCAUGGCAUCAAUAACACCCUGGACACGGAGAUACUCCCUAAGUCCGACCAGAAAGAGGAGACUCACAUCCUCAUUGUGGAGGGCUUCCUGCUUUACACGUACCAACCUUUGAUCGACGUGCUGAACCAGCGGUUCUUUAUUUCCAUCCCCUAUGAAGAAUGCAAAAAGAGGAGGUGCUCGAGGAACUACACGGUGCCAGAUCCCCCCGGCCUCUUUGACGGGCACGUCUGGCCCAUGUACUUGAAACACAAGAACAUCAUGGAGACGACAAAUGUUGAUGUUGUGCAGCUAGAUGGAACCAAGUCAAAGGAGCAACUGUUCAACUUUGUCUAUGGGGACAUCAUGAAUAAUAUCCAACAUUCUCUUUAACAAAGGUCACAAGAUCAGCUAAAAUGGAGCGCGUAUUCAGCUUGCUUGAAGACCAGCUCGCCUUAAGUUUCUACCUGGCAGUUUAUUUAGCUGACUGCUAUGAUUUUUAAAUGUAAAAAAAAAAAAAAAAAAAAAUUAUAAAUAUGUAACUGGCGGCAUUGAAUGCCAGCAUCAUUUUAUAUCAAGCGUAUUUAUUGCUUCAUAUGGCCUGCACUCCGCAGAGUGAAUGGAUAUGUUCAGAGGAUAGAUGCAUAUGUCAAUAAAUGAUCCUCAAGCCAA